CUUUCCAGUCCCGGCGUCCUCAGAGUUGCCUUUCUACAUUUAACUGCUUUCGACGCGCACAGUCACGGCAGAGACGCCCACCUUUCUACUUAUCGUCUCCUCCCCUUUCCGACCGUUUCACUCUUUAAUUCCUAUUCUCUAAACCAGGCCUCCCCACCCCUCGACCCCGCCCACUCUCUCUCCCCAAACGGAACUCGCGACAAGAUGGCCGCCGCAGCCUACGACGUCGCGAUGGACUACCUCUACAAGUACGCUCCUGGCGUCGCCGAGCACCUCGUCAUCUCGAACGCUACGACGACCAAGGAGCAGCUUUACGGUGACAUCGCUCUCUCCUCGCUCAACUGGUUCGAGCGUCUCUGGGCCAGCUACUACAUCUACAUUGGCAACGCCAUCCUCGCCACCGGCCUGAUGAGCUUCGUCCUCCACGAGGUCGUCUACUUCGGGCGCUCGAUUCCAUGGCUCAUCAUUGACGCCAUGCCCUUCUUCCACAAGUGGAAGCUGCAGCCCAACAAGAAGAUCACCAAGGAGCAGAUUUGGAAGUGCACCAAGGUCGUCCUUCUCACCCACUUCACCUGCGAGGCUCCCCUCAUCUGGCUCUUCCACCCGAUCUGCUGCUACUUUGGCAUGGCGACGCACGAGGUGCCCUUCUCGCCCGUGUGGCUCAUGGCCGCCCAGAUUGCCUUCUUCUUCGUCUUCGAGGACAUGUUCCACUACUGGGCGCACCGCGGCCUCCACUGGGGCCCGCUGUACAAGAACAUCCACAAGCUGCACCACGAGUUCUCGGCGCCCAUCGGCCUCGCGGCCGAAUACGCCCACCCGCUCGAGGUCAUGAUCCUCGCGCAGGGCACCAUCUCCGGCCCCUUCCUGUACUGCCUCUUCCGCAACGACCUGCACAUCCUCACCGUCUACGUCUGGGUCACCCUCCGCCUCUUCCAGGCCGUCGACGCCCACUCGGGCUACGACUUCCCCUGGUCCCUCCGCCACUUCCUCCCCUUCUGGGCCGGCGCCGACCACCACGACUUCCACCACAUGGCCUUUGUCAACUGCUACUCGACCUCGUUCCGCUGGUGGGACUACUCGCUCGGCACCGACGCAAAGUACCACGCGUACAAGGCGCGUGUUGCCGCCGCCAAGGCUACCGAGCGCGAGAAGAUCCGCGAGCGCGAGCUCGAGCAGGUCGAGAAGGAGGGCCAGGAGGCCGAGCGCAUCGUCGAGUCGUACGCCAAGCGUAAGACGGCGUAGUUGGUCCCUCGCCCAAUCCCGACUAUGCGGCGGCGGCGCGGCCGCCACGACCCCCCACACAUACACACAACUUAGAAGGCGUCUGCGCUGCGGCGCACGCGCAGCGUCAUCAGCCAUUCGUGCUAUAGAACAGCGCUUCUCCAGCACUGCAUACCCCAUACCAUCUAUAUCUGCAAUGUAUGCGAUAGUUUAGAGCCAG